AUGGCGGGUCGCGGACGCGGACAGAGAACUCUGGGUUUGGACCCGGUCGGAACCAGCAGAGGCGACUCUCUGCCUCCAGCCGUGCAGCAACCCACACCUGUGUUCCCAGCAAUGGAGCAGAAGCCCCUCCCCCUGGCAGGCGGGGAGGAGUCAGAGUACCUGAUGGCGCUGAAGCAGGACUUCAGGGCGGCCAUGAGGAGUCAGCCAUGUUUCAUCCAGCCGGCCGCCGCCCACAGAGAUGUGGAGCGAUACUCAGAUAAAUAUCAUCUGAGUGACAAGAUGGAUGCCCUCACUGACUGGAUCAUAGACUGGAAGAGAUUCCCCAAAGAACUUCGGGUCCCAAUCAGAAAAUCCAGAGAUGGGGCGGCGCUCAGCCGCCUGACUGCUGCUCCAUCGGAACAGAAGAAGAAGGUUGGCGAGAAAGAGGAGGUGCUGCUCAAACUGGAGACGUUAGAGAAGAAGGAGCAGCAGGAGAGUUCUGAGGAGGAGGGCGAAGAGCAGAAGGAAGAAGAGGCUGAGGAAGAGUAUGAUGAAGAGGAGUUUGAGGAGGAGACAGACUACAUCAUGUCGUACUUCGAUAACGGCGAGGACUUCGGCGGAGACAGUGACGACAACAUGGAUGAAGCCGUCUACUAGAAUGGUUCUGGUUCCGACCCGACCGAUCC